AUGAAAACGCCCAGCCUUGCGCGGAGGUCCUUGGGCCGCAGCGUCACACUGGUGCCGCGCGUGGUAUGCGUCACUUCCUCCCGGAAGACACUUUCUCCGGGAACCACUCAGAUUCCUGUCACUUCUCAGAAUCCCUCUGUGGUGGCCAUGGCUCUGCCACCUUUCUUCACCCCGGGUCGCCCCGGCCCGCCGCCCCCGCAGCCGCCGCCUCCCGCUCCCUUCGGCUGUCCGCCACCGCCACUACCUUCCCCGGCCUUCCCGCCGCCUCUUCCCCAGCGGCCUGGCUCCUUUCCGGGGGCCUCCGCCCCCUUCCUCCAGCCUCCGCUGGCUCUGCAGCCCCGGGCCCCCGUGGAAGUCUCCCGCGGGGGCGGUGGAGGUGGCGGCGGCGGCUCCUUCUACCCGGUGCCGCCACCGCCGCUGCCUCCGCCGCCGCCCCAGUGCCGCCCCUUCCUAGGGAACGACGCCGGUGAGCGCCCGCGGCCGCCGCCUCCAGGCCCGGGGCCGCCCUGGAGCCCGCGCUGGCCUGAGGCACAGCCGCCGUCCGACGCGCUCGGGGACGCGGCCUUGCAGCGCCUGCGCGACCGGCAGUGGCUGGAGGCGGUGUUCGGAAUCCCGCGGCGGGCCGGCGGCUCGGUGCCCCCGCGCGCGCCCGCGGGGCCCAGCCUGGGCGAGGUGCGCGCCCGGUUGCGGGGGGCCCUGCGCCUGUUGCGGCGGCUGCGCGACUUGGGCCAGGCCCUGCACGAGGCCGAGGCCGACGGCGCGGCCUGGGCGCAGCUGCACGCGCAGGCGCAGCCGCUGCGCGCCGAACUGGCCGAGCGACUAGAGCUGCUGACCCAGGCCGCCUACGUGGGCGAGGCGCGGCGCAGGCUGGAGAGGGUCCGGCGCCGCCGGCUGCGGCUUCGCGAGAGGGUCCGGGAACGCGAGGCCGAGCGGGAGGCAGAGGCCGCGCGGGCAGCAGAGCGCGAGCAGGAGAUUGACCGCUGGAGGGUCCAGUGCGUGCAGGAGGUGGAGGAGAAGAAGCGGGAGCAGGAACUUAAAGCUGCUGCUGAUGGUGUUUUAUCUGAAGUGAGGAAAAAACAAGCAGACACCAAAAGGAUGGUGGAUAUUCUCCGGGCCUUGGAGAAAUUGAGGAAGCUUAGGAAAGAGGCUGCGGCAAGGAAAGGGGUCUGUCCUCCAGCCUCAGCAGAUGAGACUUUUGAGCAUCACCUUCAGCGACUGAGAAAACUCAUUAAAAAGCGCUCUGAACUCUAUGAAGCUGAAGAGAGAGCCCUCCAAGUUAUGUUAGAAGGAGAACAAGAGGAAGAGAGGAAAAGAGAAUUAGAAAAGAAACAGAGGAAAGAAAAAGAGAAAUUUUUACUUCAGAAGCAUGAAAUCGAGUCCAAGUUAUUUGGGGAUCUAGAUGAGUUCCCGCUCGCCCAUCUCUUGCAGCCUUUCCGGCAGUAUUACCUCCAAGCUGAGCACUCCCUGCCAGCACUCAUCCAGAUAAGGCAUGACUGGGAUCAGUACCUGGUGCCAUCUGAUCAUCCCAAAGGCAGCUCCAUUCCUCAAGGAUGGGUCCUUCCCCCGCUCCCCAGCAACGACAUCUGGGCAACUGCUGUUAAGCUGCAUUAGUAAAGAUGUUACAGGAGUGUCGUCCAGCCAAGGCUCUUUUCAACUCUAAGUAUCAGUGAUGCUGCCAUCUUGUGAUAUAGAGCAAACUCCAUGUGGCAUUGCCCUACCGAGAAGGUACAUUUUCCUUCCGUCCUCUGUCUCAUCCAGAGGUGCCUCUUGAAUCGGGAGAUUAAUACGAUUCUUCAAGAAAAGACCCAGGUGGACUGAGGUUAUCAUGACAGGCACUGGCCUUGGUUCACCGAAUUUGCCUCUGUUUUGAGGGGCUUCGUCUAGAGUGACUUGCAAGUUUACGUGUACCUUUCUUGCGUGGUAAUGGGUAAGUACACUAUACACGCAUAUCCUCGACACAGGUGUGCUCUGGGUAGAUUAGCAGUCCUUCCCCCAGUACUGCUUGUUAAGGUAAGCUUGAUGCAAAAUCUCCUUACCUUUCUUACCCAAAGACCCUCCUAACUUCCAGGAAGAAAAGUAAGGAAGGCUUUAUCUUCAGUUUUGUGAAUUCUACUUUUGGUGCAGCUGGAGAGGCUAGGCUGUCAGAAAAGCUGGUGGCCUCACUGCUAGUAUGUGGAGAACUUGGAAAGCCUGCCGAGUGCUUAUAUCCAAACUGGAUUGUGUUUUAAUGGAUGCUGGCUGCAUGUCCCCCAUGUUAGAAGGAUCCUAAUGAAAGCACCUGCUUCUUAAGUUCCUAAAGGUCUGGUUGUUCAGAAUCCCCAGCGAUAAAAAUUAAUUUCCUUAUGGGAUUGCGACCCUGAUCAACUUCACUCAGUCACCCUGUGGGAGCCAGUAGAGUGGAAAUUGUGGAAUUUUCUUAGGAACUCAAGCUUCCAAAAAUAUAUACGUAGUUGAAGUGGGGGGCAAGGGGGAAGUGGAUUGAAAUAAUAAAAUUUAUUUUUUAUACUCAUUAAUAAAUGCUGU